GGAUACCAUGAGUCCUCUGCUCACGUGUGGAUCUAUCGCCUGCGUCUUUGCUCUUGGGUUGUCAUAGUGUGUCAGUGAAGCUAGCUCAGUUUCAGCUGGGAUUCCUGCAGACUGCCGAUUCUUACUACAGAGAGGUCGGUGCCGUGUGCCAUGGCAGGGGAUCUGGAGGGACUGGGUGAUCUCCUCUUCCUAAACAAUGGCUCUUUCGGCUCCAAGGAUGGGCUAACCGCACAAUCAACCUUUAUUUUUGGGGCUUAAAAGUUUCCCAGCUAAUCCUCGGAGGAUUAACCCCCUUCAUUGCCCACAUGGCAGCAGCUGGAUCCAGUUCCUAGUGGAGUGGCACACACGAAGCCUGACAUUGGGGGAUGGCUCUUCAUAUUUCUGCAGUCUCCAUGAUUCUCUUGGCAAUCAUGGCUUCAGCAUCAUCUGCUUCAAUCAAUCAGGAGGAUUAUCCUGCCGAUGAAGGAGAACAGGCAUCCAGCAAUGACAACUUAAUAUUUGAUGACUACAGGGGCAAGGGUUGUGUGGACGACAGCGGAUUUGUCUAUAAACUAGGGGAGAGAUUUUUCCCAGGACACUCUAACUGUCCAUGUGUUUGUACAGAGGAUGGACCUGUUUGUGAUCAGCCAGAGUGUCCCAAAAUCCACCCCAAAUGCACUAAAGUGGAACACAAUGGAUGUUGUCCGGAGUGUAAGGAAGUGAAAAACUUUUGUGAAUAUCAUGGGAAAACUUAUAAAGUCCUGGAGGAAUUUAAGCCUUCUCCGUGUGAAUGGUGCCGGUGUGAGCCCAGCAAUGAAGUCCACUGUGUGGUUGCAGACUGUGCCGUACCAGAGUGUGUAAAUCCCGUAUAUGAGCCAGAACAGUGCUGUCCAGUCUGCAAGAAUG